AUGGAGGUAAAUCGUUUGAACUAUCUACCCGGCAGACUGGCCGUGAGUGUCCCUCGUAGGCCAUCUCACUUACUCCGCCUCGCCACCAGCUUGCGCCGCAUGCUGUAUUGCGAGACGUCUCGCAACGCCUCUGGAGUUGCACUGAUCGCAGUAUCUGCCGGUCUCAACCGGCAUGAACGCGUAGCAACUGCUACACGUUCCUUCUCCGCGGGACUGGCGGAUCAGAAUCUCCACCGUCAUACUGAGACCGGGCCGAUUGCCCAAAUGCUCGAGGCACGAGCGACUACGCGGCCCUGCCUUCUAAGCGCGGGCAUUGCAGCCAGCGCGGCCAUUGCAGCCAGCGCGGCCACACUGCUUCUGGUGCUGUGCGUGGAGCACAGCUGCGGCUUCCCUGACCAUCAGUUCAAUUUCAUCAGUUCCAGUGGCCGGAGUGAUGGUCAGGAGUGCGAGCACCGCCGGAUGUUCAGCUUCGGGAUGGGGAAUGAUUUGCUGAACGGGAGGAACCGGCUGUUGAUCAAAAAGGGCCGGAUGCUGAUGGGGAGCCAUUUGCUGGUGGGGAGCCAUCUGUUGAUGGGGAGCGAAUUGCUGAUGGGGAGCCAUUGGAGCUGGAUGCUGCUGAGGAGCAACAUGUUGAUGCGGAAAAGCUGGCUGUUGAUGGAGAGGGAAUGGUUGCUGCUGAUCAGCCAUCUGGUGGUGAGGAGCCGGAUUCUGGUGAGGUGCCGGAUGCUGGUGAGGAGGAUCCGGCUGCUGGAUCUGGUGGUGAAGAGCUGUUUGAUGAUGAGCCAUCUGCGGCAGAUGGAGCGGGUUAGCGGGAAGCAUUUGGUAAUGUGCUCCCUGGCCUUGCGGGCCCACCGGAAUGCCCUGAUGGGGCUGGGGUUGCUAAUGUGGUCGGUCGAGAGAGUCGUCCAGAGGAGAAGAAAUACUACCACGGAAGACGGACCACUCCGGCGCCAAGAAUCCACUACUGCACUGCGGUGA